CUGACUUUGUCAAUUUUUAAGGUUAAUUUUAGUCAGCUGUUUUUGUCAGGUGACUACUUGAUUCCAGUUUUGUUCAAUUGAGGUGGGUUAUUGUGGUAAAAAUGGCUUUACAUUCAGCUGCUAAGGGCAAAUUGAUAUCCGUAAUUGGCGAUGAGGACACCUGUGUUGGUUUUCUCUUGGGUGGAGUUGGAGAAAUUAACAAAAAUCGCCACUCAAACUUCAUGGUUGUGGAUAAAAACACUCCCGUAAUAGAAAUCGAGGAGUGCUUCAAGCGGUUCAUUAAACGUGAUGACAUCGAUAUUAUCCUGAUUAACCAGAACAUUGCUGAAAUUAUUCGUCACGUUAUUGAUGGGCAUAACCAGCCCGUGCCUGCUGUGUUGGAAAUUCCCUCAAAAGAUCAUCCUUAUGAUGCCAGCAAGGAUUCAAUCUUAAGAAGGGCUAAGGGUAUGUUCAACCCUGAUGAAAUGGUCUAAGUAUUCAAUAUCAUGUACAUAAAGUAUUGUUAGGUGUAGUCCGUGUAUCACUGUUGAUUGUAAAUGUAUAUACAUUCCUAUGUUAUGAAAUUGUUAAAUGGAUAAAUAAUAAAGUUCCGUUAAUUCACAAGAAAAUAUCUAAUA